CCCACAAUCAUCGGGGUCAUCGUCACCCAAAUUUUGCGACAACAAAAUACACACUACUCCCGUGCGUGCCUGCCAAAAAAACCACGGCCAGUGACCAAACGAAGACGAAGGAAGGGAGAUGCCGGGGCUCACGGCACCGUCGGACUACGCGGAGGAGCCGCCGCGGCACCCGGACCUCAGGAUCAACUCCAAGGAGCCAUUUAAUGCCGAGCCUCAUCGAUCUGCGUUAGUUUCAUCUUAUAUCACCCCAGUGGAUUUCUUCUACAAGAGGAAUCAUGGACCAAUUCCAAAAGUUGAUGAUAUCUCAAGAUACAGUGUUUCCAUCAGUGGCCUCGUGAAUAAGCAUAUCCAGCUGUCCAUGGAUGACAUUAGGAUGCUUCCGAAGUACAAUGUCACUGCAACAUUACAGUGUGCAGGCAAUAAGAGAACUGCAAUGAGUAAGGUACGGAAAGUGAGAGGUGUUGGAUGGGACAUAUCUGCUCUUGGAAAUGCAACUUGGGGAGGAGCAAAAUUAUCUGAUGUCCUUGAACUAGUUGGAAUACAUAAACUCAGUUCAGUCACAUCUUUGGGAGGCAAACACGUUGAGUUUGUCAGUGUUGACAGGUGUAAAGAGGAGAAAGGUGGCCCCUAUAAGGCAUCAAUUCCACUAAAGCAGGCAACAGAUCCUGAUGCUGAUGUGUUACUCGCAUAUGAAAUGAAUGGAGAGACUAUCAAUCGUGACCAUGGAUAUCCACUCCGUGUUGUUGUACCUGGUGUUAUAGGCGCACGCUCUGUAAAAUGGCUUGACAGCAUCAAAAUAAUCAAGGAAGAAUGCCAGGGUUUCUUUAUGCAAAAAGAUUACAAGAUGUUCCCACCUACCGUAGAUUGGGACAAUAUUAAUUGGUCGACUAGAAGACCACAAAUGGAUUUCCCUGUGCAGUCUGCUAUUUGCACCCUGGAAGAUGUGGAUGUUAUCAAGGAAGGAAAGGCUAGAAUUGCUGGUUAUGCAGUCUCAGGUGGCGGCCGCGGCAUUGAGAGAGUAGAUAUAUCUGUUGAUGGGGGUAAAACAUGGGUUGAGGCUCAUAGAUAUCAGAAAAGCAAUGUGCCAUACGUCUCUGAUGGAGCUCAAAGCGACAAGUGGGCAUGGGUUCUCUUCGAGGCUACAUUGGACAUACCACCAAAUGCCGAGAUAUUAGCUAAGGCGGUGGACUCGGCCGCAAACAUCCAACCCGAAAAAGUGGAGGACAUAUGGAACCUGAGAGGAAUCCUCAACACAUCUUGGCAUCGGAUCAAAAUACAAAAUUCAUCCUGCGUAUCUAGAUCCAAAAUGUGAAGCAAGUAUGUUGAUGUGCCUAGAACAAUCAGCACGCUGGUCCAUGAUAUCUCCAAAUAAUAAGCUACUGCAGCUUAAUUUCUGCGAUUUCCAUAUAGACCAUGUCAUGGAACUGUGUUGAUUUAUACAAGUGUUAUAAAUAACUGCUUGUGUUGGUUGAUCUGAUAUGAGGAAAUUGUCGUGCCUCAUGUGUUA